AUGGAGAAGCUUUACACUGUACUUGUGAUCAUCCUCAUCUUUUCAUCUACACUGGCCUCUUCCCGAAAUGUUCCAGCAAUUUUUGUCUUUGGAGACUCCAUUUUUGAUGCUGGAAACAACCAUUUUAACAAAAACUGUAGUGUACAGGCAGAUUUCUCACCUUAUGGCUCAACAUUUUUCCACCAACCUACCGGCAGGUUCACUAAUGGCAGAACAGUUGCUGAUUUUAUUUCACAAUUUAUUGGCAUUGAUUUGCAAAAACCAUACCUUGAGGCACAGAUUGCGGUCAUAAAUGGAAGUAGAAAAGAUUACCCAUCAAAUGGCAUCAACUUUGCUAGCGCUGGCAGUGGUGUUCUGCAAGGAACCAAUAUGGACCGGGGAGUGAUAUCAAUCCAGGAGCAACUACGGCAAUUCCAGACGUUAGUAGAGCAAAAUCAGAUAGAUAAAAAUCUAGUUCAGAAAUCUCUUUUCUUCUUGGAGUCCGGAUCUAAUGACAUAUUCAAUUACUUCAUUCCCUUUGAUCCCCCAACACUUGAUCCAGACGCCUACGUGCAAGCCAUGAUGAAAGAAGUAGCUAACUUAAUUGACCAAAUUUACAAACUUGGUGCUCGCAGAAUUGCUUUGUUUUCCCUAGGUCCCGUCGGUUGCGUUCCAGCAAGAGCUCUCCUGCUCGGUGCGCCUAUCAAUCGCUGCUAUGGAAAGAUGAACGUGAUGGUUAAGAAAUACAAUAAGGGACUGGAAGGCUUGAUAAAUAAUAUCCCCAUUCGAUACCCUGGUGCAAUUGGUGUUUAUGGAGCCAUAUAUGAUAUUGUCCAGCGCUUCCUAGCAAUUCCAACUCGUUAUGGUUUCUCUGAUGCAACUAGCGCCUGUUGUGGAAAUGGGCCUCUAAGAGGAAAACUGCAAUGCGGUAUAGAAGGAUACGAAAUUUGCCUCAGUCCUAAUGAGUUCUUGUUUUGGGAUUACUUCCAUCCAACAGAACAUGCUUACAAACUUAUCUCAGAGGCUUUAUGGGGUGGAAACAAAUCUCAAAUUAGGCCAGUAAAUCUAAAGAAUCUAGCCGAUAUUACCUUCACACUUGUUUAA